UUAUGCUUCGCGCUCCUUCGACCCCUCCUUCUCCCGUGUUGGUUGCGAGAACGGUGCGGCGUUUGCACAUUCACUGAGCUCUUCUACUUUGGUCUCGGGAGCGAGCGCUGUUGCUUGACUAUUUGACGGAGGGUCCAGCCGAGAGGAAGGUGUUGCUAUAGCUGUACGACGGCCGCAGUAUGAACGGCGGAGCGUACGGCGCCGGGAAAGCCGGAGCCCCUUUUGACCCCAUCACCUUCGUGCUGAAGCCUCAGGUCCUGCUCCGGAUAAUGUGUUGGAUGAUGGCCAUCGUAGUGUUUGGUUGCAUCUGCUCUGAAGGCUGGGUGGAAGACCGGUGUCGAUACAAUGGUGACAACAAUGCCUGUAACUUUGGCACGGCUGUAGGUGUCAUUGCAUUCCUGGCCAGUUGCGGCUUCCUCGUCAUGGAAGCCAUGUUCGACAACUUCUCGAGCAUCAAGAUUCGUCGCCGGGCUGUCAUCGGCGACAUGGGAUUUUCGGGGCUGUGGAGCUUCAUGUGGGUGGUGUGCUUCUGUUACCUGUGUGAUGCCUGGCGCAAGUCCGAAAUGCCGGACGAUGGUUAUGGACUGAACAACAUCCGUGCUGCCAUUGCCUUCUCCUUUUUCUCCAUCUUCACUUGGGUGGGCUGUGUGUUCUUGGCCUACCAGCGCUACACCCAGGGAGCCGACACCCCCUUCGUGCCUAGCUACGAGGCUGACCCUGUGGGCACCUACCCUGGUGGAGAUGCCUACCAGGAGCCUCCCUUUUCAACCAAGGCCGAUCCUGCCACAAACUUCCAGGCACCCGCCUAUUAAGAACAGUGAAUAUGUCGGCCGACUGAGAAAUGCUGCCAGGAUACUCGAGGCGCUACCAAGUAAAAAUGGCCCGACCUUAGCGUUAGAAUGCCAAUCACCUAUUUGUGGUAUUCUUACAAAACCAGAAAGAUAUUUUUCUUGGUCGUUAACGCACAGUUGUUGCUUUGGGUGUGUACCUUCGCUGCAUUAAAACUGCGAAGGUCAGCAGCCGAGUCCCAGAGGCUUGGUUGCUGCGCAAAUUUGGGAAGGGUCUCGAAGUUAUCUGUGUUAGCAGAAGGUGUAACUUUGGCUAAAAUCACUGUCGAAAUGUGAAAUAUCGAAGUAUUUGUGGGAGGUUUUAAGCCCUUCCGCUACCCCAUUGGUGUGUGGAGGACCAAAGCCACCCUCAGGAUGACUGACUACGAGCAAUAUUGUCUCUCUUCCACUCCCACUAUAGCUGUGGAUCUCCAUGUUGCAAUAUUUGCUGUCAAUGCCUAAAAGGGAAAAAGAUCUUAGGUAGCACAGCAUGCUUCCCUCGGUAUGUGUAUUAUAGACCAAAAACUUUGUAUAUAGUGGCAUCAGUGUGAGCUUGUACAUAUAUUCGGUCAUUUGGUUCAUACUAUUGUUUCUGUGAUAUAUGUUUUGCACGUUUCUCUUCGCAACGUACAUGCUCGCGUGAUUGAAUGGCACAAGUUACGCCAUGGUGUGCAUAAAAGUGGUUUCGCGCAAGGAGUUCUUAUUGUCCCUUUCGAUGCUAGUUUGACUACUAGCAGGGUUUAUUUAUUUUGACUUACAUAUUACAAGUAUUUAUUUUUGAUGGAACUCUAGUGCAUAGAGAUUACUGAACUUAAUACUGCGAGGACAUUGGCCCUCUGCCUUUAUGUGUAACAUUACUGUCUACAGCUUUGCAUUAUGAGGUGGUCACACUGGUAAGCACCACACCAAGGUUUUAAAGGGGGUAGAUGUCCUUCCUGUAUAUUUCAAUGCAGUCUUUAACUGUUUCAUUGAACACACAGUCACGAAUGUGUCACUGGCCACAGUUCAGUAGUCCAGGGUACCCAUUUACCCGCAUAAUUAACCUACUUGUUUAACUAAAACCAUAGUGCCAUAGAUAGAGUGUGUUAAUUUCGCUACGAGAACGAUUGACCGCUCUAGGCUGUCACCGUGUCGUAAGUGCUAGCCGUGCAGCUAAGGACAGGGUACGCGUGACAAAAUUAUCAACAUUUGAGUACCAGUUGGGGACGCGUCUCUUAUGCGAGUAAAUACAGCAUUUGCUGUAGGCUGGUCAUGGGUUGACCCAUCUAGUCAUGUUGGAUGAGACAGUGAUUAAGUAAGGGUGUGGGACCCGCUUUACCUCGCGGGAAUGGAAUUCGUGUGCAUAAAAAAGGGGGAAGUGACUAGCAGUAGCAGCAUCUGCAAAGGGCACCACGUGUCCCUCAUUUUUGGCGUUGGACUUGUGUGACCACGACCCUACACAAAAAUGAUUCACUCAUACUAAUGUAUACACCUAGGGAGAAUGUGUACGGCUAAUAACACUAAUGUAGGGGUGGAUGUUAAGGAUGUCAUUGUUCCCAUUUUACAUUGCUUAUAUAGAUAUAUGUGUGUCUGUACACAUGCAUAAGUAGUGAUAACAUUGUUUUUUUCUUGUUUUUUUCUAGAAAAGGUGUUUGUAAAAUUGUGCAUGUACAUGUGUGAGUACGUUACCUGGCUAAGGACCUGUCACACGUUCUGGUUUCUAGUCACAAAAUAAAACAAUAUAAUGUA